GGCAAACCGCCAGUCUUAAAAGAACUCCCCGAACAGGAGAAGAAGGAGGAGGAGCAGCAGCCACCAAAAACCACAAACACGGAAGCAGCUAUAGUUCCGGAGGCAACACCUAAUCCGGAACCAAAGCCCCAGGCGGAACAGACAACAGUCGAAAGACUUCGUCGCAAACAUCGCCGCAAAUCGCCACUGAUCCUGCUCAGGGAGACCGGUGUCCCCGUCUAUCACAUCGGCGUCUACGACGCCUCCGAUAAAAAGUGCAAGCCAUUGCCGACACAGCCAGUGUACUCCACCAGCUGGAUCAACGAUAUAUUCAAUAAUAUCAGCUUCAUACAUCCGGUAUUGGACGAAGUGCGUCUGCUUAACGACGCGGUAUCCUUUCGUCGACUAGACACGGACACGUUCCUGGAAGAGGUGACACUCAGGCGACAGCGCGAACACCUCGCCCUGCAGGAGAAGAUUCGGACCGAUCACGAAAAGGAGACAGCAGCAGCGCUAGCUGCUUUUAAUGAACACCAGGAGGCACUGCGUCUGGCAGCCAGUCGUCGGCUAAGCGACGAGGCCAAAGCCGCGCCAGCCGCUGGCACAGAAGUCGCCACUGGCACAGAACCCCCAGGCAGCACUAAAACUAAAGGGGCCAAUUCGCGCGGCCAGGAGGAAGGUAAAGGAUCCGCUGUGGAUUCGACCAAGCGCCAGCAGAUCUACACAAACAGCCAGUCAAGUUACAAGACGAACGCUGCCACAAUACCGGGAUUGUCGGGCUAUACGGGCUUCGGUAUCUAUAAUCCGCCAUCGCCGCCACCGGCGCCAGUGUACCAGAAGCAGUUGCUGGACCUGACGCCCCAGCAGUUGGAGUUCCAGGAGCGCAUCCGCAAGCAGCAGGAACAGCUCCGGGCCCAGCAGCAGCAGCUUGAGAAACAGAGAGCCGAUCGCCUGAAGAAACAGCAGGAGGAGGAGCAGGAACAGUUGCGACUCAAGCAGCAGCAGCUCGACCAUCAGCGCCAGUUGAGACUGCAACAGCAGCAGUACCAGCUGAAGCUCAAGGAGCAGGAAGAACUCCGCCUACAGCAACUAGAUCCGGACUAUAAGCCACCGCCACCGAAGCUAACCAAGGCGCAGUUGCAUCGCCAGCAGCAGAAGUUGCUACGACAGCAGCAGGAGGAGGAGUCGAAGAGGGAGCACGAGGAGUUCAUACAGUCGCAGCAGCAGAUAGAGCUGAGACGGGCGCAGGAGGAGAUCCAGAGGCAGAAGGAGGAGCUGCAGCGCCAGAAGGAGGAGUUUGAGAAGCAUCAGGCGGAGCAGCAGCGCAAGUUCCGGGAGCAACAGAAACUGUUGAAGCAACAACAGCAGCAACUCCUGCUGCAACAGCAGCAGCCGCCCCUGGAGCUGAUGCAAAACGACAUGGUCAGCAUACCGGCAGCCAAUAUGAACGGUGGCUUGAAAGCGGCCAGUGCCGGUACCACUGUGGUCACAGCCGGCGGCGUAGUACCCUCCUCGGUGCUGGCCAAUGCGCCACGCGUCUUCCUCACCAAUGCCUCGUCGGCGUUCAUGGCCGGCAAUCGUGCCGGCACCGUUACAGCCACAGCCACCACGGCCUCCUCAUCCGCGGGAGCAGCCGCCGGCGCUGUUCGUUACUUUUCCCAGUUCGGAAAGAUCCAGAAGUCACCCAAUCUCGAUUCUAUUCUAAUGGCCAAUGGCAUUGGCACGCCCAUCAAGACCAACGGGAGCAUCAACCAGGCCCUGUUGUCGGUCAACAAGAUGGACUUUCUGGACAGCGACCCGGACAUAGAUACUGUGAUCAUCGAGGAGGACGAAAGCGAUGACAGCCACAAGUCGUCGCCCUCCAACUCAUCCCCGCAACAGGAGUCGGAGCUGGAUCAGAAGCCGGACUUGGGCGUUCAGAAGCAGGAUGAGCCGCUGGAGCUCACCCAGCAGAGCAAUUCCAACUCGGGAACGGCAGCAGCCGCAACCACUGAGACUACCGGCACUGAAGAACCCGAACUGGACAUCGUCAUCAACAAUGUGGUGUGCUCCUUUAGUGUCCGAUGCCACCUGAAGCUGCGGGACAUCGCCCUGAACGGCUCCAAUGUGGAGUAUCGGCGGGAGAACGGAAUGGUGACCAUGAAGCUGCGCCAUCCCUACACCACAGCAUCGAUCUGGUCCUCCGGCAGGAUCACCUGUACCGGUGCCACCUCAGAACCCAUGGCCAAAGUUGCAGCACGUCGGUAUGCCAGGUGCCUGGGAAAACUGGGCUUCCCCACGCGCUUCCAGAACUUCCGGAUCGUGAACGUGCUGGGCACCUGCAGCAUGCCGUGGGCCAUCAAGAUAGUGAACUUCUCGGAGCGCCAUCGUGAGAAUGCCAGCUAUGAGCCAGAGUUGCAUCCGGGCGUCACCUACAAGAUGCGCGAUCCCAAGGCCACCUUGAAGAUCUUCUCCACCGGCAGUAUCACCGUGACAGCGGCUAGUGUCAAUGAUGUGGAGGCGGCCAUCCAGCAUAUUUUCCCGCUCGUGUUUGAGUUCCGGAAACAGCGUUCGCCGGAGGAAUUGCUACAUCUGCGCCAGAAACAACGCAACCUGAUUGGCGCCGAUCCCGCCGACCUGGAGGAGAUGAUCAUUAACGACAACAAGGUGGCGGCCGACAACAACAUCUUUGUGAACACCCAGGCGGCCCACACGAAGCCCGAAAUGCAGCCAGUUGCCUCGGCACUGGCCACCUCCUCGAUCAACAGUGUCCAGCGUUUGAAGCAAUACGAGAGCUAUGUCCAAAUGGUGCAGCAGACGCAGGACGAGCGUCGUCACAUACCCUUCCAGGGUGACAACAACGCCUCAUCCGCCACCGCCAAAUCGUCGACAGCGACGGCGGGGACAGCCUCCUCCUCCGCCGCCGCCGCCGCAUCAUCCUCCUCCUCCUCCACCGGGGACAACAUUUGUGCCAAUGCCCGUCGCCGCGCCACGGAGUGCUGGGCCACCAAGCUCCAGAACAAGCGCACCCGCUACAACAAUAUCGUUAAUCCCGAGUCGGCCACCUCGUCCUCCGGCAAUGCCGCCGCCGGCGCCGCCGCCCAUACACGCAAUCCGCUGAAGGUUGCCGCUCUGGCGAACGCCAAGUCGCGUACCGGCGGCGUUGUCGUCGGCACUAGUGGCAAGAUACCCGUCAGCCAGGUCCUAAAGCAGAGCAGCUCCCGGGCGCGGAAUGCACAGCUCCACCAGCAGCAGCAGAUGCAGAUGCAACGGCCCAAGCUGAAGCACGCCCCCACUUACUCGCCCACCGAUUUCGAGAUCGACGACCUGAUCGAGGAGGAGGAGAGCAACGAGUACGGCCUGCCCUACUAAUCGAGAGGAUAAUGAGGAGGAGGUGGAUUGGACACCAUAUCUGUUGCCUAUGCCAAAAAAUAAUUAAGCGAGUAGUCAGUCGGAGGAGAGAGAACCAAAAACCAACAACCAACAAACCACAAAGACCACACACAUCCAAGCCCGUUUUUUGGAACCAAAAAAAAGGGGGAUUUUUUACGUUGGUUUAUCUUCCUUUUUUUUCAUUUUUUCAUUCAGUUUUCUUGUUCGGAUCCAUUUUUUUCAAUUAAAUUUUUUGUAUUCGUCGCAUUUAAAAAAAUAAUUGGAAGAAAGGCGGAGAGAACACAAUGAGAAAAAUGAAUGCGAAGGGCGGCACUUAUCCAAAGCAACACACAACUUCAACCCAAGCAAUAUGCAACAAUCAGCAAACAAGCGACACAGCAACAAACAAACAACACGAGCCAAAUAUUUAUCAUAUAAGAUUUACGUUUAAGAAAGCAUUUUCAAGGAACAACAACACAUACAACAUACAACAUGCAACAUGCAACAAACAACACAUCUAACACGCUUUACGGAAUACGUAAGCCAAACUAGAAGGACUCCCACGUAUCGACCAAGAGCUGAGAGGAAGAAUGCUUUUUACACAUCCUUUUCUUAAUUUUUUUUUGUUUUUUUUUGAUUUUUCCUCCUUGGGUUAAAUAGUUAAAUUAACGUGAGCCAAAACCACCGCCUAAUGAAAUACUGUAAUUGAAACGAAUCAUUUUUUAUAAUUAUAUAAAAAAAAAUAUAGUAUAUAUCGUGAGAAGAAAAUCCCAUUUAAGAGUUAAUUGGGAUUCUCUUAAUAAAUAUGUUUAAUCUAACUACUAAUUUACACUUAUUUAAAUUAAAUUUAAUUUUUUAAGUGGAGUUUUCAAGGCGGAAUUCCCGACACUUUUGUUUGAAUUCGAAUUCAGACCAAGUUCUUCCCAAACAAAAACCAAAAUUCUCAAGAAAACAAAAUGUGGAAAAUUGGAGAGGAGACCAGAGUAUAGUCUAAAUAUUAAAAUUAAAUAAUUCAUACAUUAAAUAUAUGUAUUUAUAUUAUAACUAUUUUUUUUUGUUCGAUUAUAGUUUAUAUAUUCGAUGAUAGAUGGAUAGAUGAUAGAAGGAUAGAGGAAAUAGAGCGAAAAAACACAAUAAACACCCAUUUUACACCAAUAUCUGGUCACUUGUAAACCAAUAACAAGAAACAAACUAAUUAAUAAUUAAUUUAAAAUACACAAACACAUGCAAGCCCUAUUAUAUAAUUUAUAAUAAUAGCGAAGAGAAAUAAAAACAAAAAAUAAAAUGCGAAACUAGCAACUAGAGUUAAAUGCGAGAGAAAAAGCGAAAAGUUUUGUGACGAAAGACGACAAAAAAACUAAAUUCUAAGUGUUUCUAAUUCUUAAUACCAUAAGUUUGUACUAUUAAAAUAUAUAUAUAUUAUAUAUAAUAUAUAUUAACACUACAUGUAUUCGUAUUUAGACACACACCAUUUUUUUUUUUUUAAUUUUUUGCUUUAAUUUAAUGAAUAAAAACACACAUAUUUUUAAAAGAUUUAUGACCAGAGAAGAGAGAACUUAAGUGUAGAAUUACAAACUUGUUCCUGUGUUGUUAACAAAAAAGUAAAAAAAAAAAAAGAGAAGAAUUAAGUAGGGGAUUAUGUUUUUAGUUAAAACUUAAUGAAGCAUUACGCAUACACAGACACACUCACACAUACGUAUACAACAUAAAUCUUAAAAACUAAAUCUUAAAAAUGAAAAUCAACUAAGCAAUACCAGGGAAGUGAGGAGAGAGAGAGGAGAGUUUGAGGAAAACCAAUACUCUGUGUGUGCCCAUAACUUGAAACCUUAAUUUUUUGGCGUGCCUUCUAAGUACUCCCUUAAAAAUAAAAAAUAAAUAGACAAAUGUACAAUCAUUGAGAAAUAGAACUUCCAGUACAGGUCCCCGCAUACCCGCCUUCCCCCUCAAAACACACACAAAAUUAAAAAAUGUUUUCCAAUUUAAAAAAAAAAACAAAGUUCCCUCAUUUUUACUUUUAAAAAUUAAAUUUCUUUGUGCUUAAAUCAUAAAAAACAAAAAAAAACUUCAUAUCGUUCAACUUAUGCAUAAUCAAAAUAGAUAAAAAAAAAAAAUAUCAAACAUUUUUUUAAAAUUAAUUUCAAAUAUUUAGUUUAUUCUUUUCUAAUUUGCUUAAAAAAAAAAACAAAAAAAAAUCUAGAAAAGUAAAAGAAAAAAUGCCUUUAGGGAACAAAUAAUGCGAGAUGGAUAGAGAUAGGGAUAGUUAGUGAGAAAGAGAAAGAGAGAGAGAGCCGAUCUGUAUUUUUUGUGUAUGCGAGUGUGGAUAAAAAAUAAAAACAAAACAAUUAACAAAAAAACAAAAGUGUUGAAAACAAUUGCAAAAUGAACUUAGAAGUUAAGAACCUAAGCCUUAAGUUAAAUAGGAGAACAGAAACAAAACAAAUUUAAACGGAAUAUUAAUUUGUAAGCCAAAAUGCAGAAAAAUGCAAAAAUAGCAAUUCAAAAAACAAAAACUAAAAACUAAUAUUAGCAAGAAAAAAGUAAAAAACAAUAUCAUCAUUAUAAUGUAAAUAGUUGUUAACAAAAAAUUACACAAAAAAAAAAAAAACAAAACCGAAAGCAAGAAACCGACAAAGAACUCUAUAAGCAUUAAAAAAAAAUUAAUACAAAUCUUAAAAACAAAUCUUAAAUUGAGAUUCUUCUUUACACAUCUAACUGCCUUCGAGACAAAAAACAAAAAUAUGAUGAGAAGAAAUACCAAUUAAAAUUUAAAAAUUACAAUUACACUUAAUUAAUUAACCAAUUAUUAUAUUAAACAAAGAGCUGAAGAGAAAAAAUGCUUAGCAGAAACAAAAAAUUGCUUCAAUUUAUUAAAUAUUCUGAUCCGAUGACACACACCUUUUUUUUUUUGUUAAAAAAAAAAUACAUAAAUUUAAAAUUAACAAACAAAAUGAAAAAGAAAAUACCAACAAGCAGAAAUAGAAAGGCCUAAAUAAGUGUAUUUGGUUUCACGAACUUUAAAAAAGCAAACAAAAAAAAACGACAAACUAAAUAUUUAAUAUAGUAUACAGAUAUAUUUUUGAUUAUUAUGUAUUUAAAAAAAAAAAUGAGAACAAUGAAAAAUGAUAUAAAAAAAAAAAAAACAAAGAAAAAAACUAUGAAAAACAAAUUGAGAAAUCAAAUAGCAUAAUUCUGUUUUUGUUUUGCCGUAAAGACUGCAUUAUACCAACAAUUAAUUAUAUACAAAAAUCAUAAUAAAAUAACUGAUAGAAUGGAUCUGAGAAGAAUGAGAAUAAAACACAAAAAAAAAAACAAAACAUUAAAUCUGAAACAAGAAACAUUUAUUUAUUAAAUUAAGCAACUUAAGAAGCCGAUAAUGGGUCGUAGAGCCAAGUUGGCCUAAAAACGAAAAGCAAAAUGAAAUUACCUUACCAAUAUGUGCUACUAUCCCCUCCCAGCCUCAAUCACUCGAUUGAUCCAUCAAUCAAUCAAUCAAUCCAUCCUUCCCCUCCAUUCUAUAUAUCCAUCCGCCUCA